CGAAUUAUAGCCUUUGCGGUGUCUGCGGGGUCAUGGAGCGGCCUGGGUUCACGGCUUCGCUGGUGCUGCUGCUUUUUUUAUCACCUAUGAAUACGUAAAAUGGUUUUUACACAAUGAUUCGUCUUCAUAUUUGAUGCCGGUGAAGCAUAUGUUGGCUGCCUCUGCUGGAGAAGUGGUUGCCUGUCUGAUUCGUGUUCCUUCUGAAGUGGUUAAGCAGAGGACACAGGUAUCUGCUUCUUCGAGAACAUUUCAGAUUUUCUCUAACAUCUUAUAUCAAGAGGGCAUCCAAGGAUUGUAUCGAGGCUACACAAGCACGGUUUUGAGAGAGAUUCCUUUCUCAUUGGUCCAGUUUCCCUUGUGGGAGUCCUUAAAAGCCCUCUGGUCCUGGAGGCAGGACCACGUGGUGGAUUGUUGGCAGUCAGCGGUCUGUGGAGCUUUUGCAGGUGGAUUUGCAGCUGUGGUCACCACACCUCUGGAUGUGGCAAAAACAAGAAUCAUGUUGGCAAAGGCUGGUUCCAGCACCGCUGGUGGGAAUGUGCUCUCUGCCCUGCACGGGGUCUGGCGGACACAGGGGCUGCCAGGAUUAUUUGCAGGUGUCUUCCCUCGAAUGGCAGCCAUCAGUCUGGGAGGCUUCAUCUUUCUUGGUGCUUAUGACCAAACCCGCAGCUUGCUGGUGCGACUUGGCAGAGGGGGCCCCUGAACCAGGGACGGCCCCACAUGCACUGCUGUGCCACUGGGCUCCCUUCCGGCAGGCAGCUGCUCGGGCAUCUGAACCACCCGCGCUGCGCCGUGUGUCAAGAGGAGGACCUUGAGGAGGUCGCGCCUGCCCCGGGCCGGCUGGAACGUCGCCCGCCGUCUGGCCGCCAGACCGCAGAGAGAGGACCGUGUCCACGGCGGUACUUUGAACCCUUUUCUCAGAACCCCUCAAUAAAUACGUUUGGUAAGGCCGAGUCUAGGCUGCACAGAGCCGUCAUUUGAUCUGUAUCUGAUCUUGCAUUUCCUGCCACCUGCUAGUGGACACAGCGGAAGGCAGAGAAAGUUCUCAUGGCGAAAGGAUGGCGAGACCGGGAACAGGAAGGAGACUUAGGAGAAGUGCACGUGGGUGGGUCUCUCCCUACUGUGUGAGCUUAGGGCUUUGUUUAAAAAGAAUGAACUGCAGGUGCAUAGCCAGCAUUCUGGGCACCCAGGCUGCUGCUCAUUUCUCUCAGAGUUCCCAGAAAACACACAGUUGUUUUAUUUUACAGAGAAGGCUCCCGCGGCCCAUGUGCUGUGUGUGAAAGCAGGUGACCAGUUGCAGCUCCAAGGAUGAGGUGGGCCCAGCUGGCUUCGGGGUGGGAGGUACUGUGGGUCCUCCGGGGUGCUGAGCCGCACCCCAUGCUCCCCGUGCGACCCAGAGGAGGGGCCGACUGGGGAACAGAGCAGGGUUUCUUCGUUCCUAAUCGCGAAGGUUUAUUGUCUGCAGUUAGAAGGAGGUCACUGUUUCAGAGCUUGACUAAUAAGCUCCAGGUGUUAGAAAAAUUCAGAGAGAAAUCUCAGGAAUCUAGUGGUGGUGUAUUGUCCCUGGGGCUAAAGUAUAGGAUUUUGCUUUGCAUAAAAAAAAUUUCCCCCUUUCUGGGG